AUGAGUGCGCUUGGCGGACAAAUUCCAGGACAUCCGGGCAUUUCCGAUGUUCUGGAUUAUUUGAAAAUAGAUCCUGCAAUGCUGCGCAUAUUACAGAAAUAUAUAACUGAAAAGGAGCAGCUGAAAGGGCAAAAUGCUCAAAAUGAAAUGGAAGAGGGACCGGUACCUCAGAAACCGGAAUUUAACGUGAAAGAGGCAGAGUGGGCUCCUCUGCCAGAAAGCGAUGAUGAAGCCGAGCAGUGGCCGUCAGGAACGGACUGGGCCCCUUUGCCAGACGAUGAAGCAGGUAUAAGUGUUAGUAGUAGAGGAUUAACUGCUUUUGAUGCUGCACUAAAUGCUGUUGUAUAA